AGACUGAAACGAAAAGCUGAGAGCAUAAGCUGUAAUACUGCGUUUCUACAAGAGGAAUCGAGAGACAGAACGACUAUCAAGUCAGAUAUUUCAUGACUCUCGAAACUGUUGUAUUGUUGGGAAAAGUCAGACCGAUAAUCUUGUUUCUUUGACGAGUGAUAUACGCAGCAGAUAGAUGGAGAUGACGAAGUGCUUCAGGCUUUUCUAUGUACGAUGAUGAGCCUUCACAGAAGUCUUUGAGAAUAUAUUGUCAAGAAUGUUUUUGAAUGUUUUUAACAUAUAAGAAACGAAUUGCUCUAUUUGAGAAUGACAGUUCUUGGUCGAAGAUAUAAUGAAUAUGAAGAAUACUAAUUGCCAAAACUCUGUCUUGGUUUUCUAUAAAACCUGAAUAUCUGAACAACACUACAGUUUCGAAGUCGUUCUGCUCCUCGAUUCCUCUUGCAGAAACGGAGGAAAGCAGUAUUACAGCUCAUGCUCUCAACUGAAUCGAUAAAAUAAAAUAGUCAGCGAUAGAUUAAUUUUUCCUGGGUACGAUCCGAAGUUAAAGCUCUUGUCUUUGGCUGUCAGCCCCAAAACACUCUCGGACAAACCCCAAUUCAGAUAUGUCUUAUUUGGAUGUGCUCGAUUGAUCUUGAGAGAUUCAAAACUUCAUUCCUUCGGCCAUGGUAGCAAACGCGAUCGACUCUUAGAAAAAGACGCUCUUUCUUUAUGCACCAUAGUUGUGUGCAUCUUUCGUUCGAAUGAUCCAGAAUGAGACCAGAGAGAAAGUGAUGUGGUGUUGUAAGACAGACAAGGAUCUUUAGGAACUGUUGAGCUUUCGAUCUCCAUCACGAGACACCUUCAUAUGAUUUUAGGUAAAUCAUCCAUCGGUAAACGAUUUGUAUCAAGAUCUGCGAGAUGGUGUUGUUCUGUUAAAACUGCUCGAAUGUCUGACAGGAAACGAAUACAAACGCGAGAACGGUCGCAUGCGUGUACACCACAUUGGAAAUGUGAACAAAGUGAUUGCGGUAUUGAAUGAACAUGGUAUUAAAGUGCUCAGUAUUAGUAGCAAUGAUAUUGUUGAUGGGAAUCCAAAACUAACAUUAGCAUUGAUAUGGUCGAUAAUCCAGUAUUGGCAGGUGAAGGAUGUCUACAAAGGUGUUGAAAUCAAAGAUUUUACACGCAGUUGGCAAGAUGGAUUAGGUUUUAAUGCGUUAAUACAUCAUUUUCGUCCGGAUCUAUUUGACUACGAUGAAAUACUUCAAAAUGCAUCGGCAAGAAAUUUAGAACAUGCGUUUAGCGUGGCAAAAAAUGUGUUUAAAAUCGAACAAUACCUUGACGUUGAAGGUACGUAUACAUUGAAGGUGGACAUGUUAGAUGCUAUAAAUAUGAAGCUUCUUUCAUGGAUAUUACAAUUAGAAGACAAAUUAGAUAGCAAAGAAAAAGUUACAUGGAACGAUUUAAAACUAGUCAAAGAACAAUUUCAAAGUCAUGAAGAUUUUAUGAUUGGUUUAACAAGAGAACAAAAUCAAAUUGGCGAAGUGUUACAAGAAGGAAAUUAUCUAUUAAAUAAUGGACAACUACAAGCACCAGAAGAGAAUGAAAUUAAAGAACAAAUGAAAAUCUUGAACAAGAGAUGGGAAGUAUUGAGACAAAAAGCACUCGAUCGACAAUCAACUCUUCAUAAAACAUUAAUGAAACUACAAAUGGAUCAAAUAGAAUCAUUUGAUAGAUGGUUGACAACUUCUGAACAACAUAUCAAGAAUGAUUUAAACAUGAUGGAAGAUAAUCUACCGGGUAUUGAACGACAAUAUAAACAAUUAGCGUCGUUGCAAGAUGAUCUUGUUCAUCAACAACAAAUAACAGAAUCACUUCAGAACAUGGUCAUUGUUGUCGACGAUACAACGUCAUCAUCCGCAAAUGGAACAGACGAUCAAUUAAAACCUAAUUCAAGCGAUAUUGAACGAAAACUGUUAAGUUUAAGUGAACGAUGGGCAUCGAUAUGCAAUUUUGUACAAAGUCGUUGGAUAACAUUACAAGAAGUCAAAAUUGAAUUAGAACAAAUAGAUAUCAAUCAAAAUAAAUUAGAUAAAUGGUUGACGAAAAAAGAAUUUGAAUUAAAACAAAUGAAAUUAGAAACAAAUGUGUCAGACACAGAGGUUCUAAUGAAACAAGUGAAUACGAUUCAAAAGACAGAGUUGGAAAUGGAAGAUAUGAAACAAUCGAUAUUAUUAUUAGACAACAGUAUUAGAAUAUUAACUAGCCAUUACGAUUCAACAUUACCAUUGAUAAAAGAAUUAAAUGAUACAUUGAACAAUUAUGAGAAUCGAUGGAGAAUACUUAUUGACGAUUUAGAUCAUGUGACAAAAAGAUUGAAAUCUUCAAAUAUAAGUUAUGAAACGAGUACUUCAACAAGUGUAAUACCAUCCUCUGAAGGAGAAUCCAAGUCUCCUGUUGCCGGUGAUAUAUUAACAAAAACUAUAACAACUACAAUAGAAGAGACAACAACGACCUAUUCGAGUGGAGUGAAUGACGGUGAUUCAACUAAAAAACGUAAAAUCGAUGCGACAUUAAAGAAAGAUGAUUAUGAGUUAUCUAAAAAAAAAUAUAAUGAUUGGAUCGAUAAUAUUGAGAAUAUUAUUAGCAUAAAUCAUUUAGAAAAUUUGAAACAAGAAGAAAGAAAAGAAAUUAUUGAAGAAGUUAAAACCAAAUUUGAAUCGUAUAAUGAACAAUUUACACAGUUGCUCCAUAAUGGAAGAGAAAUAACGCAUCAAUUAAAAGAAGCAAACGAAGAUACCCGUGAACAUGAAAAAUCUCUUCAUGACCUUGAACAACGUUGGCAUAAUUUACAUGCAUUAAUUCUUUCUAAUGAAAAAAAUAUUGAAAUAACUGCGUAUACGAAAAAAUUCAAUGAUGAGUUAAAUACUUUAGAAAAAAUUCGACAAGAAUAUGAACAUUGGUUGGAUAGUACAAAUGAAAAUGAUAUUACUCAAACCACAAAUGCACAAAAUGAAAUAAUCAAAGUAAAAUUAAAGGGUAUACAAUCUCACGCCGAAAGUCUAAAUAAUCUACGAUAUAUGGCUGAACAUUUACAACAAUUGAACGGUGGAAAUACAACUUCAAUAAGACAAGCAAAUGACUUAACAAAAGCAUGGGACACUACACAUUCAAAUCUACGCGAGCGAAAUAUUCGUAUUGAACGUACUUAUGGUCAACAAGAUAUCGAUCGUCAAAGGCCUCGAGAUGAUAAGGGACAAUGCAUCAAUAUGAGCGUUAAUUUAACUAUGAUUAAUAUAAAUACUCAAACACAACCUACCACCACAACACAAUCAACUAAACUCUCACCAUCCGGAUUUACCGGUACUGGUGUUAAUACGUCGUAUUCUAGUACGAGUUCGUCGACAGCUAAUCAGCUACAUUAUCCAUCAACGUACCACCACAGACGAGAAGUUGGUGACUCUUUAACAACGAGUCCAAAUCAAGUUGAUAAUCAAACACAACAAUCAGCACUCGGUCAAUCAAUCGGUGAAAAUGGAAGUGUAUUUACACUAACAAAUAUUUAUACUUUUGCCGAUAAUUCGAAUAAUUCAUCUAGUUUGAAUGAUAAUAAUCGUUUUUAUACUGGUAGCAACGAUGGUUUUUAUUCACGAAGGUUUGAAGAAGGAAGUACAGAUAGAAAUACAGUACCAAACUCUGAUAAAUAUACUAUUAAAUCGUUUGUUGAAGUAUUCGAUAAUCCUCAACAAGAAACAGAAACUGAAAGACACAUUAGAAAAACUCAUACAUCUGAACAUCGUUUAACACGUAAAACUCAUACAAGUGCAAGUGAAACGACUGAUUUUGGAGGACCAUCUCGUUAUUAUCAUGGCCAUUCAACUUCAACAACUCCUACAGUACCACCAAUAUAUUCAGGAAGUCGUGUGAUAGAUCUUAGUGCAACACAAUUGCCACAGUUAUUUAUUGAACAACAAAAGAAAAUUCGUGAGUGGCUUCAACAUGUUGAACAAUUAUUACUUACAGAUAAAAUUCAAAAAUGUGAUAAUCAAGCAAUUGAACAGAAGAAAAUUUUUUACAAAGAUUUACUUGAUCAAACAUUUGAACAGGAGAGAACAAUGGAAUAUUUGAACACUACUGCUAAUGAAUAUUAUGAAAAAUUACCAUAUGAUAUUAGAAGAGAAUUACAAGUAGAAUUACAAAAUUUUCAAUAUCGACUCUAUGAUAUUAAAACGUUUCUUAGUGAAAGAUUGACAAAAUAUAAUAAAUUACACAAGAUGUUAAGCGAUUUUGAGCGUGGAGUUGAGGAUGUUAGACAUUGGAUGCGUACGGCUCAAUCUCGUUUAGAAGAAGCUACAACAAGUGAUUCCCGUAUUUUAGAAAAUCAACUUAGUAGAAAUCAGACUUUACAACAUGAAAUACGUGACAUGCAAACAACAAUGAAUAGAUUGAAUAGAGAUAUUAUUGAAUUAACACACGAUGCUGAUGAAAUUUUUGCUCGACGUUUACGUGAUGAAAUGAAAGAUUUGAAUACUAAUUGGAGUCGUAUUAUAAGUUCAUCAAAAACACACUCACAAUAUAUUCAUGAUGCAUUAAAACGAAAUAAAGAAAUUUAUGAAUCAAUACAAGAAAUGGAAGAUUGGAUUAAUGAUAAAGAUCGUGAAUCACCAGCUGAUGAUGGGCCAAUAUUUUAUCCAGAUCAAAUACGUGAAAGAGUUGAACAAUAUCAAAGAAUACAAACUGAAUUAAGUUUUAGAGAACAUGAUGUUAGACGAUUAAUUGAACAAGGACGUACAUUAUCACAUACAAUGACUAGUGGAAUAUCAGAUUUAUCACAAAGUUUAGAAAAUCUUGAAACAAAUUGGAUAAAUUUACAGAGAAAAGUUGAUUCGAAAGUUCAAUAUUAUUCAGGAAUAUAUACAUUACAUGACGAACUGAGAAGUUUAUUAAGUCAUGAAACAGCGUGGCUUGAUACAUUACAAGACAAAAUUUUAACAUCGGUAAAUGGUGGAGCUGAUGCUGAAGAAAUAUCAGAAGAAUUAGAUACAUUAGAACAUUUUGUUAAAAAUCAUACAAGAGUAAAUUAUGAGAAAAUAAUUGAAAUUUUUGAACGUUUACAAGCAACAAAAGUAUCUAUUCCGGCUAUGGGAAGUCAAAUAAAUCAAUUUAAAAUACGUUGGGUACAAUUACAUGAAGAUGCAAAUAAAAAACUUUAUAGUUUAAAUCAAGCGAUAACGGAUUAUCAAUAUAUGGGACAUCAAAUAACAGAGAUGCGUGAAUGGUUACGACAUACGGAUGCAACAAUAAAUUCAAGAUUAGACGAUAAUGUUUUUGCUGAUGAUGUUCCAAGAGAAGCUGAAAAAUUAAUUCAAGAAUUUAAUCAGCAUGAAGUAAUAUUAAGAAGUAUAGAAGACAAAGCUCAUACAUUAAGAAGUACAGGAAAGAGUGAAGCUGCUAAACGUCUUGAACAACAAUUAGAAUUUUUAAAGAGUCAAUUUCUCAAUCUUCAAACAAAAUUUCGUCAUUUUCAAAAACCUUCUGAUUUUGAACCAAAAUAUGCAAGAAUGAGACAAAUUUUACAAGAUGUUGAACAAAAUAUGCAUAUACUCGAUGUAAGAACAGAUGAUCCAGAUGUUAUUCAUAAUCAACUUGAUCAAUGUGUUAAAUUAUAUAAAACAUUAGCAGACAUUAAAUCAGAAGUUGAGUAUGUUAUUCGAAUUGGACGUGGUAUUGUUGAAAAACGUCAAAUUGAUGAGACACAUGAAUUGACAAGACAAAUUGAUCGUUUAAAACAAACUUAUAAUGAAUUAGCUUCUAAAAUUUCAACAUCUAAAACUCAAUUAGACAAUGUUGAAAGACAUAUACGUAAAUUUCGUAAAGAAUAUUCUCAAAUUAAUGAUUGGCUCAUUAAAGCGGAUACUGAAUUAAGAAAAAUUGAAAAUAAACAAGUAUCAAAAAAUACAAAAGAAGAAAUUGAUUGGAUUCGAACAACAAGAAAUGAUUUGAAAAAACUUGAAGUUAAUUUUGAAACAUUAAAAUCUUUAGAACGUUCAACUGUUAAAGAAGCUGGCUGUCAACUACCAUCAUUAAACGAAAAAGUAAUCGAUUUAAAACGACAAAUUGAUCUAUUGGAGAGACGAUUAAAAGAUAGAUACGACAUUGUAGAGAAGACACUAUGUAACGAACCAUUGAUUAUUAUUAUUAUUUGUUUAAUAAUGAUUAUAAAUAAAUAUUCAAGUAAUCGUUACGAUGAUCCUAGACGAUAUCAUAAUUUAUUAUAUAUACCGUUUGAAUCAGGAUAUGAAUCAUCUGGUUCAUCAUCAACAUUGUAUCCAGUUGAAUAUAUUAUUUAUCCAAUAGGUUUAAAAAAGGGUCAAGUACGAAAACUUGAGGAUGAUCAUCAGAAAUUCGUUCAAAUUUUUCAAGAAGUUAUUAUUCGUCUUGAAAAACUCGAUUCGCUAUUAUCGGAUGCUGAACGGGUGUUUGAUCUUAACAAAAUAUCGCAAAUACAAAGUGAAUUAUUGAAUGUUCGACCACAAUUAGAUGAAUUAUUGUCACUUGGACAAGAGCUUUCAUCUAGAAGUGAAAAAUACAGUAGAUUAGUUGGACCCGAUACUGACAGUAUAACACGAAAAUUUGAAGAUUUACUAAGACGAAUUAAACAAAUUCAAGAUCAACAGGAAAAACUUAGCAAAGAACGUAAGGAUUACAUAGAAAAAGAAGAAUAUGGUAAUCGUCAACAAGAAAAUAAUACUACGAGUAGCAGUUGGGAGCGACAAGAAAAAGAUUCGACUACUCGUCGUGAAUACUAUCGGGAAAAAAUACACAACCGUCAUGAACGUGAAUCACGUCACCGUUCACCAUCAGAAUCUUCUGAUAUAUCAGCGGGAGUAGGCAUCAUCGAUGAAGAAUUUAAAAAAAAAUAUCUUCGUUGCCUUGCUUAUAUGAAAUUAAUUGAAAGGUUAUAUGAUGCAGGAGAGGAUAGUGAUGAUUCUGAUUUGCAUACGACAAAAACAACAAGACGAGAACGAACAACCCAUGAUAGAUCGGAAUAUGAGGAAAUUGAAAAAUUUAUACGUGAAACAGAAGAACGUGCUUAUGUACUUGAAAAAACAGAUGUUGAUCAAGCACGACGAAUUCGUGAAAAAAUAAGACUUUUAAGGGAAUAUUUGGAUAGUCUUAAACAACGACAGUAUCAAUCUCAAACGAAUGAAGAAAUUGUUCAAUAUAACACGCGGGGUGAACUUGAUUCCGAUUUUAUAUACGAUGUCGAUGAUACCCGAUCUGUUAUCAGUGAACCGGCUCCACAUUAUAAUAGAUACCGAAAGACAGUCCAUUCAUUAGAACGUCAUAGGUUAGAUCAACAACAGAGACAUCAACAACACUAUUAUCCUCAAGAAAGCGAAUAUUAUCUUCAACCAUUGUUGCGUGUCAGAAGUUUGAAAGCGAUUGAUCGAGCAUUAAGUGCUCCAUCAUCCCCAAUUUUACAACCGAGAUAUCGUUCUUAUGAACGAAGCAAUGUAAAAUACACAAAAGACAUAAAUACCAAACGUUCCGGGAAUGUCGAUAAUUAUCAAUCAAAUAUAUCUAAAUCUCAAAGUCUACCAUCUUCACCGUAUGGAUUUCCAUUACAACCGUAUUCUCCUCCAUUUAUACAAGUUAGACAACAACCGCUAAUGUACAGAGAAAGAGUUAUUGAUAGAGAAAUUGCCGAGCGUAGUCAUUCACAGGGAGAAUCAUCACGACAAGCACAUGAAGCAACAUCUACACGUCAGGCACAACAACAGCAGCAACAACAAGCAGGCGCUACUUCAUAUAAUACAGUACGUUCAAGCAAUGCUGAUGAAAAUUUCUCCAGUCGUUCAAUACCCGUGAAACGUGAAACUGCUACAAAUGGAGGUGAUUUUGGUGUUGGACGAGAAUCAUAUAAUAUCUAUCAAAAUCAACGAUAUUCAGGCCAGGGCGGUGCGACAACGAAUGGACAUGAUGUUUAUUCUUAUAGAGAUUAUCAUAAUGGUCAACAAAUACCAAUAAAUACAUAUUACAAUGAUCGUACAAUAGAUCAAAGAGGAUAUCCAGAUCAAUACAGUCAACAGCAAUAUCAAGGAGGCGAGGGCAGCAGCGGUAGUUAUCGUCAACAUUACAGUAGUGGAGGAGCACAGCAACAGUAUUAUCCUCAACAACAUCAUCAAGAUUAUCCAUCAGCAAAUUAUAGACCAACAAACGAUUCUUAUUAUGACCAACAAGCACCGCAUCAUCGUUCAAAUCAUCCUUCACAUCACCAUUAUUCAUCAAAAAUAGUCAAUUAA